UCUGCAGGGAGGAUGCUUGUCAAGAAGAGGAUUUUCUAUCUGGAGAUGAGUUCCAUAUCGGGUUAGAAGAGAUAAACUUAAGAGUGGGAAACUCUGUCUCCUAUCCCAUCUAAUUAUGUGUUGAGGGGUUCAUGAGGGAGGAAUGUCUUCGAGAGAGCUGUUAAGAUUGUUGUGAUGCUGAUACUGAAGACACUUUGCUUGGGUUACUUGUUUCAGAUAGCAUGAACAACAAGCAUCUCAUGUUUGUUCAUAAGUGUUGACAUCUGGUCUAUAAUUCAAUGCUACAUGAAGACAUAUGAUCGAGAGGGGUGCUUAGCAAAAGUCAUCUCAUCGAAACGUGUCGGAUAUGUGCGCUUCGUUUUCCAUUGCCGUGUUAUCACAUUUUGCUACAAGUCAAUUGGGCUCGGUAAGCAUUAAAGAAGGCAACAGGAACGUCCACCCGUUCGUUCCCCAUUGUUGAGCCGGUCAUCCCUCCCCGGCCGCCAGCCAUAUUCGACCCAAAGGUUACAUACAACGCCCCGCGCCUGCUAUAGUCGCCGACGUCGACUCUUCCAUCGAGAGGAUACAGGCGAUGAAGCCAUGGAUCAAGAUCCUGGUCAUGGCGCUCGCCGGCGCCGUCGUCUUCCUCUUCCUUCCCCUCCUGUUCUGGUGUCGUCUGCGUCGGCGACUGGUUCCCCGGACCGCGGAAGCGAGUCCUCCUCAGAGCCUGCAAUCCGGGAUCGCCAGGCUUCAGCUCGCCCACGGAUCGAACACCAGCGGAAAGGUGGGUCGUCUCUUCCACCACCACCUCCACCACCGCCCGAGCCAAGGCCAGGACCAGGACCAGGUGCCGACACCUUUCUGUUGGAACGACCAUCCCGGGCUCGUGGUGGAGGCGGUGGAGAACGGGUGGUCGCGGUUCGUGUUCGCGGCCGGGCGAUCGCCGGACCACUUGCACCCCCGCUGCGCCCCGGUCUGGGGCCUGUGCGUCGUCUGCGACGGGGAGAGCGACUCCGUGGAGACGAGCUGGGAGGUGCCCGUCGGAUCGGCGGACUUCCUGCAAACGGUUCGGCUCAAUCCGAGGGCGCGGAGGAGCGGCAGCACUGGUAGCAGUCCACUCCUCCACGGCGAAUCUAUCUCCAUCGCGAGGAUGCUUCUCCCCUUGCCCGGCCCGUCUCUGCGCGUCUCCUCCUUUCCGCAAGAUGCCUACUUCGAGAUCACCAUCUUGUACCUGAAACCACACCAACAGCAGCAAUCGUCUUCUCGCGCCAGCAGGAGGGCCAAAGCCGACGCCGGCGGCGAGAGCGAACGCGCGAAGCUGAUCGCCGGCAAAUUCUUGGAAUCCCCGUCCGACGCCACGGCCCAUGACACCGUCACUCCCACUGUAAUCGACAUCAACAGUCCAAACCACGGAUCCAAAUCCACCAAAGAGGAGGGAGGCAAACAGAGACACAGCAGUCUUCUCUCCUUGGGCCUCACCCAUGGCGGUUCGCUUCCCAGUCGACCAUCGCCCGGGACGUAUCGGGGAUCCAUCGGCUUCCACUCCGACGGCUCUCUCCAUCUCGACGGAAUGAAGCUGGUGUUCGAGUCGGAGAAGGCCGAGUGGGCAGAGGUGAACAGGGUGAUCGGCUGCGGCUUCGACCCCAGCAAGAAGAAGGUCUUCUUCACGGUGGACUCGGAGCUGAAACACGUCAUCCACUGCAACUCCGACACGUACAAGGCCCCGCUGUUCCCGCUGAUCUCAGCAAACGCCGACGCCAUGUUGCUGGUCAAUCUGGGCCAGAGCAAGUUCAAGUACGAGCCGGCAAACGCACGUCGAACGCCGAAUCCCUGCUUCAUCCGCUCCUCCUCGGUCGACGGUGGCGCCAGCACCAUCGGCUACGAGGACAGCCGCGAGCUGUUCUCGAUGGGGAGGAUCGACUCCGAGUGGGUUGAUGCGGUCAAGAAGAGCCAGAGCAGCAGCAGCAGCAAGAAGAGCAACGUGAACUACAACAACGACGGCAGCACCGUCAUCGAUGUGGAUGCCGAUUCUGAUCUCUUCGAGAUCUCCCUGCACAUUUGACAGAUCAUGUUGUGGUUAGAAAAAUGUUCGACUCCAGCGGUGGAAGCAGACGUCAUUGGAUUGCUUGGUGCUGGUGACGCCGGCCAUUGCAGGUGUGUGAUGGAGAGAGAAAAGAUAGCAACAGGGAGAGUCGCAUAUCGCGUCUGUUGUUGCACUAAUGAUUCAGGACGCAAGAAAACGAGAGUGCUUUCUUGCGAAGAUAGGACUGACAUCAUUCAUCUGUGCGUGCUAAUUUAGUCUCCUGUUCAUAAAAAUAACACAGUUGCUGUUGCAGUACGAGCGGAGUGUUUCAACUCCAUCUUGUUGAUGGCCUUCUUUUUUUCUUUGUUUGUUUGUUGUUGAUCAAUACACUUUGUAAUUUUUGUUGAUGAGUUCAUCAAGAUGAUAAUUUUGUACAA